GUUUGAUACACAUGUUUUUUUUCAAUUGGAAUUUUUUCAUCUGACUUAAUUAUAAAAUCAUGAUUUAUCGAAUCAAUCCAUUUAAAUCAUUUGGUUGGCAAAAACAAAUGAUUAGAUUUUCAUCAUCAUCAUCAUUGUCGAAUCCAAAUAUAAAACGAUUUUAUAAAAAUGUUCAUAUUAUUAAAAGUGAUUGUCAUGAACCACGUUAUGAAAUCAUUUUGGAUAAAAGAAAAUUAAAAACACCUAAAGGUAGCGUAUUCUAUGUACAAAAUGAACCAUUAGCAUCGAUGAUUGCAACCGAAUGGGAUUCACAAAAAGAUAAAAUCAUACCGACCAGUAUGCAUUUAACAUCAUUGGUCAAUACGGUUAUUGAUAAUCCAGGUGGUCAUACAAUCGAUUCAUAUGUUGAUAAAUUAAUAUCCUAUCUUGAAUUUGAUACUGUUUGUUAUCGUAAUUCAUUACCAACCGAAUUGUAUGAAUUACAAACAAAUCGUCUUGAUCCAAUUGUUCAAUGGUUUGCCGAUCAAUUUAAAUGUAGUAUGCCAAUUACAACUGAUGUUGUAUCACCUGAAAUCGAUCAACGUACAUUAGAAAUUAUUCGUAAAUAUUUACGUUCAUUUAAUGAAUGGUCAAUGGUUGGCAUAAUGUAUGCAACAGAAAAUCUUAAAUCAUUAAUUUUAACCUGUGCAUUAAUUGCACGUCAAUUAUCAGUCGAACAGGCUGUAUCAUUAUCAAGAAUUGAAGAAAAUUUUCAAGCAUCACGUUGGACAUCGGUUGAAUAUCAUCAUGAUAUUGAACAAUAUAAUAUUGAAUCACGUGUAGCAGCUGCUAUUGUAUUUAUUUUAUUAAAUUUUGAAAAAAAUUAUGUAUCACAAAAAUCGAUUAAUUAAAUUUGUUUU